UAUCCAGCGAUGCGACGUGGUGGGGACAUGGAAGUGAGAAAAUAUCAUUUCCUGCACUGCAUAGAGAAUGAGCAGUGAUUUACGAGGCCAAAGAAAAGAAAGGAAAUAAUGGCUCUUUCAGCAUCCAUGGUGCAACUCAGCUGCGUUUCUCUUCUUCACAACAAUCUCAAUCCAUCUUCAUCGCCAGUGUCCCUUUUGCCCAAAACCCUCUUUCCCAUUUCCCUCAAACUCAGACUCAAAGGGAGUUCUUCAGUGUGUGGCACAAGAGGUGUUUGUGUGAAUGCCUCUUUGGUUGAGGCUCCUGUUUUGUGGGCUGGAAGGCUCUGCAUCUUCUAUGCCCUCCUCAAGGCUGGUUUGGCUGGAUCUCAAGCCAACCCUCUUGUCUCAGAUUUGGAAAUUGGGCACACCAGUGAUGAAUCUGCUGCUGCUGCUGCUGACUUGGGCUUCUCUAAAUGGGCCCACACCAUACUUGGAAAACCAUCUAAAGAAGAAGCUAAUGGAAGGAAAUUUGUUAGCAAAUGGCAUCCCACAACAAAGGGUACUCUUAGAAGGAAUUAUAGAGUCCCAUCCAAGCCCGAGGGACGACGUCUUCUUAAAGCUAUUGCAUCUCUAUUAUCCGAUGAUGAUCACUUUGUUGAUGCCACCUCUCAUAAGGGUUGCCAAAUCCGAAGGGAAAGUGCUCAUGGAGAAAGUGUGUGUUGCAACAAUGUGAGAGCUCUUUUUGAUGAGCUCCCAACUCCCCAUCUCAUUGUGGAAAUCACACCUUUUCCUGCUGGACCUCUUACUGACAAUGAUUACAUCAAAGCUGAGAAGCUUGAGAGGGUUCUCAGAUCUAGUCCUUCUGUUUGAUUUGUCUAUUAUGGUGUUUCAUGCUUUCUUGUACAUAUUUUUGUUAGCUUGUAAAUAUUGGCAUGAUGAACACAAAUUUGUAUCCUUUCAACUCCUCAACGUUUUACUUUUGAGGUGCAUCAUAGUUACACCUUUCAAAGACAAACAGCCUCUUUGUUUAUUUGGUAGAAGACAUUUAACAUGGAAAAUCAGAUCAUCAGCUUUUGUUUUCAUCU